AUGGAUCCACUCACAGUGCUGGAGGCAGGGCAUCACCCACAGGCUACAGGCAUCGAACCAGCCGAUGGAACUUGCAACGUUCCGCGAUCACGUGUUCAACGACAGACAAUACCGGUAUCAAAUUCGGGUCUUCUCAGUCCUCGAUUCGGUAGGCCACUGUACUUCGGAGAGAACGAGUUUAGCGGUGGCCCUGACAUAACCAUUGACGAUGGGAAAGGGAAGAGUCGUCCGGUCGAUGAAGGCGACUAUGAUAGGAGACCCAUCCCGGCAUCGGAAAGCAGACGAAGCGAGGACGAGUCUUCCGUUCACAAAGUCAAGGAUCUGGGCUUUGAGGCUGCUGCGGCAAAUUUUUCGGCACUUUUCCACACACCCAGCGGUUGCGACUCGGUGAUGUCCUCUCCUCUCGAAGCGCUUUUUGAAGAGCGGAGAUUUCGUCGCUCUUCUCGAUCACGGGAUCCACUAGAGUCCGGAUGUAUCUUGUCUGACCUUCAAAACAAAGUUGAAGGAUCUAUGGCUUGGAGUCAGCUCGAUAAGGAAGAAUUUUUGCCACUUGAUUCCUUUGAAACCAUCUUAGAUGCUAAGGCGAUCGCAUUGCUCUUGGACGAGACUUACAAUUUCGCAACGAGUGAAGAGUUGAAGAAGAAGUUUGAGAGUAUAGUGAACCCAAUAUCGGGACGAAGUCGGCGACGUACCUUGGGUAUCUUGGUCCUGAUGUCACAAGUUGCACAUAUUGAGCACUUCAUCCGAGAGGACAUUUGGGACGAUGACCUACCCCUCGAACGCUCAGCGGGGAGCGUUAUGGGAUGUGUCAGAACUCGUAACUCAGAGAAUGACAAGCUGAUGGAGAACUGGAGUAGAAUUGACAUCAACUCCUUCUGCUCCUUCCAGAAGAUGUUCUUCGUCCCCUUCUUUGAUAUACAGGAACACCGGCUGUGUUCUUACGAGCUGGAGUCAAAUAUCAGACUUCCUUGGAAGAAAUACGAACACAAGACUAAUGGAGGAUUUGGUGUUGUUCACAAGGUUGAAAUCCACCCAAGUCACCACAACUUUACAGGAUCAAAUUCUUCGGUCAAACCAGUGUUCGCAUUGAAAGCUAUAGAGGCAGGGGAUCACAAGGCGUACAGAGAUGAGCUUGCUGCACUUGAAAAGACCUGUGCUCAGGUGCAGAGAGAGAAGCACCUGAUUAAGCUCUUGCUCACGUUUCGACACGGAGAUAAAUUCUACCUUCUUUUCGAAUGGGCGGACGGUAAUCUCGGUGAAUUCUGGGAAACUCAUCGUACCAGGCCACCUACGUUGUUGGACGAGCGAUGGGCAGCAAAACAAUGUCUCGGCCUUGCGAGGGCAGUCAGUAGGAUUCACGGGCUUACUACAUGGCAAAAGAAUGGCCGAUCAUCCUCGUUUGGAUCACUCAACGACGCUGAGCGUGACUGGGGAAGGCAUGGGGAUAUCAAGCCCGAGAAUAUCCUCUGGUUUCAAGAAUAUGAAACUGAUCACGAUCUUCUCGUGAUUUCCGAUCUUGGACUUACACGCUAUCAUUCGCAAUCUUCGAAGUCUCUCGUCCCCCGUUCACGUAUUGACGGGUGCAGUUACGCUUAUCGACCACCCGAGUUGGACAUAGAGGAGAGGAUCUCACAAAAGUACGAUAUCUGGUCUUUGGGCUGCGUCUUUCUAGAGUUCGUCGUCUGGUACCUCCAAGGCUAUGAUGAAGUUGAAUCCUUCAGUCUACAAAGAGAAGAUGAAGAUCUGGUGAUCUAUGAAGGAGUCAAAAUCGACAAGUUUUUCAAUAUUGCGAAAUCGGAAGAUGGACAACGGAAACCGCAGGUCAAACAAGCCGUAAAAGACCGCCUGAGAGAGUUGAAAGACCUCAGCACAGAGACUACGUUCGCGAGAGAGUUGCUUGAUGUCAUUGGAGAUAAGAUGCUCCGAUGCACGCCGGAUCGACGAGAAAAGAUCGACGUUAUCUGCACCGACCUCUCCAAGAUUCUGGACUCAAUCUUGAAAGCGAAUAAUCCCGAAGAUUUUACACGUCUUUCACCAGAUCAUUCGCGAGAUCUGGCUUAUAUUCGACGAGACGACUCUGCACCCUCUUUGCGUGCGCCGGCGAAUAUAAGCCUGUUUGAAGAAGCGCGCGAAUCGGCUGCUGAUGAUCAUGAUCUCAUAAUGGGGGAUGAUAGCGAUCCCGGACUGCUCAUGCGCACAAGAUCUCGGAAAUCGAGACGAGAGGAUGUUGAGCAAAGCAAGGUUCAUAAGGACCUCGCACCAAGCACACUUGAAAAAAGUGUUUCGAAAAUACCUGCAGAGAUCGUAACAACAGCAGUGACGCGUAAAGAGACGAAAGACCAAUUCCUACAGGUAGUAUCGCAACCAGAACACACAGAAGCAUCGCGCGAGGAUGCCGCUGGCAUCGAUAUACUAAGUCGGUCUCUUCCGACAACCGAACCGAACAAUAAGAAGCACCGUAUCAGCCAGAAGUUAAAAAAGUGGUUCCGAGAACCCCUGGUUAAGCUUAAGCGGAUGUUGAAAGGGUGA